AUGGCGACCAACAUCGCGUUAGAAACCACAAUGACCUGCACGAACUUCUCCACGCUCGCGUCCCGCGGCUACUACGACACGCUGCUCUUCCACCGCAUAAUUCCCAACUUCAUGCUGCAGACCGGCGACCCCACGGGGACCGGCCGCGGCGGUAGCAGCAUCUACGGCGAGAAGUUCGAGGACGAAAUAUCGGCCUCGUUGAAACAUACCGGGGCGGGGAUCCUGAGCAUGGCAAAUAGCGGGCCUAAUACGAACGGAAGCCAGUUUUUUAUCACGCUGGCGCCCACGCCGUGGUUGGAUGGGAAACAUACGAUUUUUGGGCGGGUUACGAAGGGCUUGGGGGUUGUUAAGAGGAUGGGGCUUGUGAGGACGGCGGCGGAGGACAGACCGGUUGAGGAGGUGAGGAUUGUGAGGGCGAGGGUUUUGGAGGGGGAGGAGGCUUGA